AUGACCACAGACAUUACAAUUACACAAAAUCCUUUAUUAGACGUACCGACCACCACACCUACCGAUUUUACGUUAUUAUACAACCCAAAUUGGGGAUACCUUCAUUGUAACACAAAAGCAUAUUUUCAGUCAACCAAUCCAACCGACUUUCAACAAGGUUAUUACGGUAUAGAAAAUACCGUUUUAAAAGGUUCAUUUCACUUACGUUAUUCCACAAAUUCCCCGUUAUGCGCGAAUAAGAUUGAGAUGAUCCUUGAGGGGAAGCAAUGUGUUUCCUGGAAAGAUGUUCAUGGUAAAGAAAUUCGCGGGGAAAAAAUGUUGUGCAAACAAACAAAAAUCAUAUGGGAAUCUUUAAAUAAUGAAUUUGAAGACAUUCUCACAAUGGAUUUACCUUUUGAGUUCUCGUUACCGAAUAAUUUGCCCGCCACCAUAACUCCACUUAACGUUAGCGGACACAUUACUGGAGGUGUCGCGGGUGAUGGAUCGGAGGUCGGUCAUAUUACGUACAGUUUACGAGCGGAAAUAUCACGUCCCAUGAAUAUCUUUAAAUUACGAAUGAAUACAAAGAAGAUCAUUGACGUUUGGUGUAGGAUACAUAGGUGGAAAUCCCCACCUUUGCACGAUCGACCAUUCAAGUGGAAAGGGAAUGUCAUGGGGAUCGGUUAUGAGGUGGAAUUGGAGAAGACCUUAUUUAAUUAUAAGGAUAUCAUUAACAUACCGAUGAAAUUCGUUGUCAAUGAUAUAACGAACGUUAAAAUCAAAAAAAUUUAUGUCAGGAUUAAAGAGUAUCAUAAAUUAAAGGUCAAUGGCAAAUCAAAAACGAUCGGAGGGUUCGUCGUAGCCGAUUCGGCGUUCGGUGAGCAAAUGAGGAAGUCGACGACGACCACCUCGGGAAGGGACCAUGAUUAUUUUAUCAGGAUGCAAUUAAAUUUGACCAAGACGAAUCUAGGCAGGAAGUUAAAUUGUUCAACGAAAACUGAAUACAUUGACAUUCGACAUAAAUUAAAGGUGAAAAUCACGCUAAAUCCCUCAUCAAAAAGCAUUGAAUUGGAUAAGGAAAUUUCCAUCUUGAAUGUUUUCGCCAAACGGGAUCACCCUUGCUUCGCUCAACAAUGUCGAUUGAUGAACACUUGGUUUUAUCACCUUCAAGAAGAGAAUUUAUCGAAAGCUACGAUGGGUGAUGAAAGUUCAAAUUUUGGUAAGGUGAGACAAAGAUUUUCUUGGUUUGGUGGAAUGAAGAAUGGGAAUGAACGAUUUUCAUUAUUUAGUGGUAAUAGGUGGAGCCACGCGUUUUAG